AGUUUCCAUUCUUCUGAGGACCUCUACUGCCACCAUUCUGGGUGCGCUCUGAUCGUUUCCUGAAUAUUUGUUCUACUGUCAUACUCGAAAGAUUGAGUGACCUGAAUUUAUCGUGAGACUUGGAAAGAAUUCUUGUCGGUCACGGUUGCCGAGGACGCGAGACCCUACAACGAUUUCAUGAAUGAAACAAUUGGAACAAACGUGGAAUCCUACUGUAGAAAUCAACGUUUAGAUUUGAAUCAAACUUCCUAUGGAACUUGUGUUGUUUACAAGUGGUUCUAUGAACCCAGGACAAAAGAACUGGCGUGCGUUUGCGAGAUGAAUGACACGACGGACAGGAACGUGUUGCUUUGGCAAGGGAAUCUUAAUUCACGAGCAAUUCCCGCAAUUCUUAAAAAGAAUUUUACUGAGGAAAAUGGCCUACCCCAGGGGUGCUUCGCAUAUAUACUGAGAAUAUGGACCGAGUUGGACCCCUUGCAAACUGCACAUGACCUAUUCUCCAGUGCCGCAAAUAAUGAUGUCGAACUGGAAGAACCGAUAUGCGAGAAGCUAUCUAACCAAAUAAAUGCUUAUGAAUGUGGAACGUUGCACUGCAACACCGAACAUGUGUCGUGGGAAUAUCCGGAAAACUGGAUCGGUCCAGUGCGAUAUCUCAGAAAUAUCACGUACAAUCAGGAUAACAUAUCUGUUCAAAUUGUUGGGAUGUAUUGGCCAGUGAAGCACUCAGUGGGUAGUGUCAAACAGUUCCAUGUGGACACAACUAUGUUAGUGGAAGCAGGACAAACCGAUGCCUGCAAUAUUUUCUUUACAAAGCUUGUGAUCUGGCUGAUGCCUAUACCGAAAUGUCAUGAGGAAUUCCGUGAGGAGUCAGUUGAUAAUCCUCCUCAACAUUUAGCAAGGCUGAAUUUGCUACUGAACUUAGAAGUUGAUGAGAAUUCAACGAUGGAAGCGAUAGCCUUGAAUUUGGCCACAUUUUCGAAGCCUUGGGGGCGGAGUUGCGUAUCUCCUUUCCAGAUACGACCGGAAAAAGACUACUACGUGCCUUCUCGAAUGAUCGAGAACGGAAAGCUUUUUGAAUUCAGGGUAACGUUCAGUGCGUCAGUACUCCACAAGAAACUACGUGAAUCUAUGGGUGAAUUAGCUGUUUGCAACAGACUCAAAGAAUUUUCAAACUACACGCUAAAGAAUUGUAAAGUAAUCGAGAGGAAAGCCAACUACGGAAUUGCUUCUGUUUCAAUUAACUCAACGAAAUACUCGGUUUGGGAAGCGCAGCUCCAACUUAUGGGCCAAUUGAACUCAAGAAAUCCAAAUUAUUGUUAUUUCAAUGUGGAGACCACGAAGAUUUUCAAAGGCUACUAA